AUGGACACGGAGGCAGGCGACGGCAAGCACAAUGCCGAACUCGUUCCCAGGGGGGGGGGCGCCGCCGGGGGCGCAGCUGGCGGCGCCGCCGGAGGCAGCGCCACCUCGGACGCCUGGUAUCAGAUCGCCAGCAGCUCUGCGCCGCCGGCCGCAGGUGGAGCGGCGUCGACGGGCAGCAAGCUGCCGCUGGUGCUCGGCGUACUAGGCGUGGUUGGGCUUUGCGCUGGUGCCGUCGCGUACACCGAGCCUAAACCGUCUUCACCCGCCACUUCUCGCGACCUACUCUUUGGCGAGGAGGGGAAAGGGAGCGGGAAGGGGGGGUCGCAUCCUCAGGUGAAGGCAUCAAGAUGCCGUGCUGCGGCGGCGAAGGCGCUCGAGGAGGACAUGCCGCCCGAGGUCGCCGAGGCGGCGGCCAAGGCUGCCGCAGACGCGGUCAGCAAGGGCGUCGAUCCGGAGGAGGCGGCCAAGGCGGCCGAGGCGGCGUCUGCUGCGGCGGCUAAGGCGCUCGAGGACGACAUGCCGCCCGAGGCAGCCGAGGCGGCGGCCAAGGCUGCCGCCGACGCAGUCAGCAAGGGCGUCGAUCCGGAGGAGGCGGCCAAGGCGGCCGAGGCGGCGUCCGCAGCAGCGGCGAAGGCGCUCGAGGAGGACAUGCCGCCCGAGGUCGUCGAGGAGGCGGCCAAGGCUGCCGCCGACGCGGUCAGCAAGGGCGUCGAUCCAGAGGAGGCGGCCAAGGUGGCCGAGGCGGCGUCUGCUGCGGCGGCUAAGGCACUCGAGGACGACAUGCCGCCCGAGGUCGUCGAGGAGGCGGCCAAGGCUGCCGCCGACGCAGUCAGCAAGGGCGUCGAUCCGGAGGAGGCGGCCAAGGUUGCCGAGGCGGCGUCCGCUGCGGCGGCGAAGGCGCUCGAGGACGACAUGCCGCCCGAGGUCGUCGAGGAGGCGGCCAAGGCUGCCGCCGACGCAGUCAGCAAGGGCGUCGAUCCGGAGGAGGCAGCCAAGGUGGCCGAGGCGGCGUCUGCUGCGGCGGCUAAGGCGCUCGAGGAGGACAUGCCGCCCGAGGUCGUCGAGGAGGCGGCCAAGGCUGCCGCCGACGCGGUCAGCAAGGGCCUCGAGCCGGAGGAGGCGGCCAAGGUGGCCGAGGCGGCGUCUACUGCGGCGGCGAAGGCGCUCGAGGACGACAUGCCGCCCGAGGUCGUCGAGGAGGCGGCCAAGGCUGCCGCCGACGCAGUCAGCAAGGGCGUCGAUCCGGAGGAGGCGGCCAAGGUUGCCGAGGCGGCGUCUGCUGCGGCGGCGAAGGCGCUCGAGGACGACAUGCCGCCCGAGGUCGCCGAGGAGGUGGCCAAGGCUGCCGCCGACGCAGUCAGCAAGGGCGUCGAGCCGGAGGAGGCGGCCAAGGUUGCCGAGGCGGCGUCUGCAGCGGCGGCUAAGGCACUCGAGGACGACAUGCCGCCCGAGGUCGUCGAGGAGGCGGCCAAGGCUGCCGCCGACGCAGUCAGCAAGGGCGUCGAUCCGGAGGAGGCGGCCAAGGUUGCCGAGGCGGCGUCCGCUGCGGCGGCGAAGGCGCUCGAGGACGACAUGCCGCCCGAGGUCGUCGAGGAGGCGGCCAAGGCUGCCGCCGACGCAGUCAGCAAGGGCGUCGAUCCGGAGGAGGCAGCCAAGGUGGCCGAGGCGGCGUCUGCUGCGGCGGCUAAGGCGCUCGAGGAGGACAUGCCGCCCGAGGUCGUCGAGGAGGCGGCCAAGGCUGCCGCCGACGCGGUCAGCAAGGGCCUCGAGCCGGAGGAGGCGGCCAAGGUGGCCGAGGCGGCGUCUACUGCGGCGGCGAAGGCGCUCGAGGAGGACAUGCCGCCCGAGGUCGUCGAGGAGGCGGCCAAGGCUGCCGCAGACGCGGUCAGCAAGGGCGUCGAUCCGGAGGAGGCGGCCAAGGUUGCCGAGGCGGCGUCUGCUGCGGCGGCGAAGGCGCUCGAGGACGACAUGCCGCCCGAGGCAGCCGAGGCGGCGGCCAAGGCUGCCGCCGACGCAGUCAGCAAGGGCUUCAAGCCGGAGGAGGCGGCCAAGGCGGCCGAGGCGGCGUCCGCAGCGGCGGCCAAGGCGCUCGAGGACGACAUGCCGCCCGAGGUCGCCGAGGAGGCGGCCAAGGCUGCCGCCGACGCAGUCAGCAAGGGCGUCGAUCCGGAGGAGGCGGCCAAGGCGGCCGAGGCGGCGUCUGCUGCGGCGGCGAAGGCGCUCGAGGAGGACAUGCCGCCCGAGGCAGCCGAGGCGGCGGCCAAGGCUGCCGCCGACGCAGUCAGCAAGGGCGUCGAUCCGGAGGAGGCGGCCAAGGUUGCCGAGGCGGCGUCCACUGCGGCGGCGAAGGCGCUCGAGGACGACAUGCCGCCCGAGGUCGUCGAGGAGGCGGCCAAGGCUGCCGCCGACGCAGUCAGCAAGGGCGUCGAUCCGGAGGAGGCGGCCAAGGCGGCCGAGGCGGCGUCUGCUGCGGCGGCGAAGGCGCUCGAGGACGACAUGCCGCCCGAGGCAGCCGAGGCGGCGGCCAAGGCUGCCGCCGACGCAGUCAGCAAGGGCUUCAAGCCGGAGGAGGCGGCCAAGGCGGCCGAGGCGGCGUCCGCAGCGGCGGCCAAGGCGCUCGAGGAGGACAUGCCGCCCGAGGUCGCCGAGGAGGCGGCCAAGGCUGCCGCCGACGCAGUCAGCAAGGGCGUCGAUCCGGAGGAGGCGGCCAAGGUUGCCGAGGCGGCGUCCGCUGCGGCGGCGAAGGCGCUCGAGGAGGACAUGCCGCCCGAGGUCGCCGAGGAGGCGGCCAAGGCUGCCGCCGACGCAGUCAGCAAGGGCGUCGAUCCGGAGGAGGCGGCCAAGGCGGCCGAGGCGGCGUCCGCAGCAGCGGCGAAGGCGCUCGAGGAGGACAUGCCGCCCGAGGUCGUCGAGGAGGCGGCCAAGGCUGCCGCCGACGCGGUCAGCAAGGGCCUCGAGCCGGAGGAGGCGGCCAAGGUGGCCGAGGCGGCGUCCGCUGCAGCGGCGAAGGCGCUCGAGAACGACAUGCCGCCCAAGGUCGCCGAGGAGGCGGCCAAGGCUGCCGCCGACGCAGUCAGCAAGGGCGUCGAUCCGGAGGAGGCAGCCAAGGUUGCCGAGGCGGCGUCUGCUGCGGCGGCGAAGGCGCUCGAGGACGACAUGCCGCCCGAGGUCGUCGAGGAGGCGGCCAAGGCUGCCGCAGACGCAGUCAGCAAGGGCGUCGAUCCGGAGAAGGCGGCCAAGGUUGCCGAGGCGGCGUCCACUGCGGCGGCGAAGGCGCUCGAGGACGACAUGCCGCCCGAGGUCGUCGAGGAGGCGGCCAAGGCUGCCGCCGACGCAGUCAGCAAGGGCGUCGAUCCGGAGGAGGCGGCCAAGGUUGCCGAGGCGGCGUCCGCUGCGGCGGCGAAGGCGCUCGAGGACGACAUGCCGCCCGAGGUCGCCGAGGAGGCGGCCAAGGCUGCCGCCGACGCAGUCAGCAAGGGCGUCGAUCCGGAGGAGGCGGCCAAGGUGGCCGAGGCGGCGUCCGCUGCGGCGGCGAAGGCGCCCGAGGAGGACAUGCCGCCCGAGGUCGUCGAGGAGGCGGCCAAGGCUGCCGCCGACGCAGUCAGCGAGGGCGUCGAGCCGGAGGAGGCGGCCAAGGUGGCCGAGGCGGCGUCCGCUGCGGCGGCGAAGGCGCUCGAGGACGACAUGCCGCCCGAGGUCGUCGAGGAGGCGGCCAAGGCUGCCGCCGACGCGGUCAGCAAGGGCGCCGAGCCAGAGGAGGCGGCCAAGGUUGCCGAGGCGGCGUCCGCUGCGGCGGCGAAGGCGCUCGAGGAGGACAUGUCGCCCGAGGUCGUCGAGGAGGCGGCCAAGGCUGCCGCCGACGCGGUCAGCAAGGGCGUCGAUCCGGAGGAGGCGGCCAAGGUUGCCGAGGCGGCGUCCGCUGCGGCGGCCAAGGCGCUCGAGGAGGACAUGCCGCCCGAGGUCGUCGAGGAGGCGGCCAAGGCUGCCGCCGACGCAGUCAGCAAGGGCGUCGAUCCGGAGGAGGCGGCCAAGGUUGCCGAGGCGGCGUCCGCUGCGGCGGCGAAGGCGCUCGAGGAGGACAUGCCGCCCGAGGUCGUCGAGGAGGCGGCCAAGGCUGCCGCCGACGCAGUCAGCAAGGGCGUCGAUCCGGAGGAGGCGGCCAAGGUGGCCGAGGCGGCGUCCGCUGCGGCGGCGAAGGCGCUCGAGGACGACAUGCCGCCCGAGGUCGUCGAGGAGGCGGCCAAGGCUGCCGCCGACGCGGUCAGCAAGGGCGCCGAGCCAGAGGAGGCGGCCAAGGUUGCCGAGGCGGCGUCCGCUGCGGCGGCGAAGGCGCUCGAGGAGGACAUGUCGCCCGAGGUCGUCGAGGAGGCGGCCAAGGCUGCCGCCGACGCGGUCAGCAAGGGCGUCGAUCCGGAGGAGGCGGCCAAGGCGGCGUCCGCUGCGGCGGCGAAGGCGCUCGAGGACGACAUGCCGCCCGAGGUCGUCGAGGAGGCGGCCAAGGCUGCCGCCGACGCAGUCAGCAAGGGCGUCGAUCCGGAGGAGGCGGCCAAG